UUGCUCGGAUUUCCCGGGAUUCUGAACCUGCCGCGAGGGGCGGUGUCGAGAUGGGACAGUAAACCGAGCGCGCUGCGGGACUUGGCGAGGGAUCAGGUGCCGAGACACGUGGCGAUCAUCAUGGAUGGGAACUCGCGGUGGGCGGAACGGCGGCGAUUGCCGCGGACGAUUGGACACGAACGCGGCGUGAACGCGCUGCGGGGGGUGGUGAAAUGCUGCGUGGCUUGGGGCAUAAGCACACUGACGGUGUUUGCGUUCAGUCAGGAGAACUGGGGGCGGAACCAAGCGGAAAUUGAAGAGCUCAUGGCGCUCGUGGAGACGGCGAUGCGAGAGGAGUUGCCGUUGCUCGUCAAGGAAGGCGUGCGCGUGGAAGUCAUCGGGGAUUUGAGUAAAGUGAACGAGGGCGUGCGCAGUGCGGUGACGCGAGCGAUGGAGGCGACGAAGGAUAACGAUUCGUUGCGUCUGGUGGUGGCGUUGAGUUACGGCGGUCGGCAGGACAUCGUGCAAGCCGCCAAGACGCUCGCGCAAAAGGUUGCGGACGGGGAGAUGCGCGCCGAGGACAUCGACGAAGCGGCACUGAGCGCGCAUUUAUCGACAUACGACGCACGCGCGGCGACGAACGAGAUCGAUUUCGCGCAGGCGCCGGAUUUAUUGAUUCGCACGAGCGGCGAGCAGCGCCUGAGCAACUUUCUCCUCUGGGACCUCGCGUACACCGAACUGUACUUUGCGCAAAUGUUUUGGCCCGAGUUCGGCGAAGCAGAACUGCGCCGGGCGUUAUACGCCUACGCCAAGCGCGACCGUCGAUUCGGCGGUCGCACGUGA